GCAUGCACCGAUCUCGAUCUUGUAUGAAGCAGGCUAAGGCUCAGGCAGCGGCCCUCAGGCAGCCAGGGCACUCUCCACGCAAGGCCCGAGGCGGCUCCCCCACGUCCCCCGAGCGUGCUCAGGCUGUACAGGCUACAGGGACUUCCUCUGUGGGCGCACAUCCCACAACCCUGAUGCGCCCCUAUAUAACAGCCAUGGACGCAGCCCACCGCCGCCCAGCUCAGCCUCGCAUUCCCAGUGUACAUAGUUCCCCUUCGCUUUCGCCUUCUAUUUCGCCCAGCCAUGGACCAGAUGCUCGCCUACGACGCCAUUCUCUUCCCCGCCGACGAGCGGCCCCCCCACCUUGUCUCCCUCAUGACUAGUCCGCUCACUACGCCCAUGCCCAACCCGCCCGAGCCAUUCCGCUGCGGCCGCAUGCCCCACCCCGAGAUGUACAUGGACUACAUCGCGGAGGGCCUCGGGCCUCGUUCCUGGCGAUUUCAGGUAAUCGAAAACCUCGAGGGCAUGACCAGAAAAUUCGCCACGCCCUACAUCGUCUUCUACCCCGUCGUCUCGCGCGACGGCAUGCCCUUCCCCCUCAACAAGGGCGUCCGCGAGAUCCAGGGCGACAACUACGAGGAAGCCAAAGCCUGGCGUGGGAACCUCGUAGUGGCCAAGUACCGCGACCAGGAAUACGCUAGCAUGAUGGACGCCUCCAUGGCCGACUUUCCCAUCGUAAAGAACUGGCUCUCCAAGAAGCCUGCGCCAUGAAGACUGCGCGCAGGCCCGGCCCAGGCUUCAUUUCGCUACGCCCAAGCGACACGCCUCUAUGCCUUCCUUCUUACCUUCCAUUCAUGGUAGUUUGCACUCGCGUCCCAUGUGUUCCCUUGCACACGGACUUUCAGAUCGACAUUGGCCGUGCAGAUCCAUCUCGAGUAACGAUACAUAAUUACUAUAAUCUGUAGAUACACGUCGACAGAUUGGCUAUAAUAUUUGUACCACCACCCCGGA